ACGCGUUAUUCGGAGUGGGAGUGUGGGCUAUGGACGAUUUACCGACAGGUUCACCGCUCAGACUGGAGCAGUCUCAUCUAAAACAUUCCACAUGGUCUACUUUUGUCUCAUCCACGAGUUUUAAAUUAUCCUGAAAAUGAGGCAUAAUCGGUGAUUUCCCGGUUGAAGGUUUAGACUUAACAAGGAUUCUUUAGUUGUUGUUGGUGUCUCACUCGGAUAUGGCUUAUAUCUGGAUCCAAUAAGAGAUUUCCACAGCGUCAGACGCGUCUGCGGCGGGGGAGACCAGUGGAGGGACUCGGAAACUUGGUGUGGUGCAGGAGACGGUCUCUCUUUUCGAAUCGGCGCUGCCACAGCUGUGUGUGUGUGAGAGAGAGAGCCAUGGUGACCUCCCUCAUACUGCUGCUCAGCUGGGCUGUGAUCUCCGUGGUGGUGAGAGCUCAGAAUGACACGGAGCCUAUUGUCCUGGAGGGGAAAUGUCUCGUGGUGUGCGACUCUAACCCGGCCACGGACUGGAAGGCUUCGUCCUCUCCGCUCGGCAUCUCAGUGCGCGCCGCCAACUCCAAGGUGGCUUUCUCUGCAGUCCGGAGCAACAACCACGAACCGUCGGAGAUGAGCAACAAAACGAGAAUAAUAUACUUCGACCAGGUUCUUGUGAAUAUAGGAAACUACUUCACAUUUGAAUCAGUAUUUUUGUCCCCAAGAAAAGGAAUCUACAGUUUUAACUUCCAUGUCAUUAAAGUGUACCAGAGCCAGACCAUACAGGUGAACUUGAUGUUGAAUGGGAAACCAGUCAUCUCUGCCUUUGCUGGUGACAAAGAUGUAACUCGUGAGGCGGCCACUAAUGGAGUUCUGCUCUAUCUAGAAAAAGAGGACAAAGUCUAUCUAAAGCUGGAGAAGGGAAACCUCGUUGGUGGAUGGCAGUACUCAACAUUUUCUGGCUUUCUUGUGUUCCCUCUGUAAAAAAAAAAGAUAAGAAAAGAAGAUUGUAAGCUAACUGACUUCUUCAUAAUGUGUUGUCACUGUAUAAUCAAAACAUUGCUGCUGUGUCCGUUGGAUCUUGCCAAAUUGUUGAAGAAUGAUGGAUGGAAAUGGAUCACAACAGAGAGAGAAGAAAUAUGACUUUGGAAGUCGUUCACAUUCACUGGAUGUGCCGAGUCCCCGUCCAGAUGAAAGAGACUUGAAAUGUUCCCUGUCGCUACUGUAUGUUCCUGUCACUCAAGCAGCCUCAGAGAGGAACGCUAAAACAUCCCAAAAGUACUUUUCAAACUUUGACUUGUCAGAGUAUAUUUAGCAUACUGAUUUUUUUCAUGGCAACUGUUGCAUUUAAGUACAUCUGCCUUCUGGGUGUCAGCUGUAUAUGCUUGUGUUACUUGUGUGACUUGUCAUCACCAAAGUAUUCACGUUUUAAAUACUGGGGGGUGUCUUCUCUGGAGCGAAAGAGUUGGUCAGAACAAGAGGGAUGAUGGUGCUGUAGGUCACUAUGAUGGAACAAAUGAAUUUGAAUGUAAUAAAAAAAGAAAAUCAAUCAAUUUACUGAUCAGAGGCAUGGAUGGAUUACUGAACAGGUCUAGUGGGCACAGGAACAUGAUCUUGACCCCCUGACCCCCUGCUAACUUUGGAUUUUAUUUCACCUGCAAUGUCACUGAAAGACUUCAAACAACUUAAAAGAUGCAAAAAGAUGGGAAAACGACCACAGAAAGACACGAAACAACCCCAAAGACACGCAAAACAAUUACAAAGUGGUGUAAAACGAACCAUCUAAGUGGCAGAUAAAAAGACUAUAAAGAGCCACAGAACAAUCUUGAAGACAUGCAAAACAACCGCAGACACACAAGAAGAUAACAAAGAGAUGUAAAAUGGAUUCAAAGACACACAAAAAAUACUACACAGAGGCACAAAAAGUCCACCAAAAGUAAAACAAAAUGACUGGAAGGGGAGGGGAAAAGGAGAUGGAUGAUAAACAACCUCAAAGAUGCGCAAAAUAGCAUCAAAGACACCCAAAACGAUUACGAAGAAGCGCAGAGUGAAACAAAAUGACUACAAAGGGACUCAAAACCAGCAUGAAGCAAAAUAAAAAGAGGUGAAGAUCCUAAACAACCUCAAGGACACUCAACAUGAAUACAAAUUAAUGACUACAAGGAGAUGCAAAACAACCAGGAAUUGAAACAAAAUGACUAUAAAAAGACAUAAAACAACCAGAAAGUGAAACAAAAUGACUAUAAAGAGACAUAAAACAAUCACAAGGAGAUGCAAAAUGACCACAAAUGACUGAUCGUUGUUGGUCUUGCUCAUAUAAAUCUGUGUCCAUUAGUCUCAUUGUGUCAUAAUCCAUCCAUGAUCAGAUUUAAGUAUGUAUCACUGCUGAUACCAGUAUUUGCUUUAGAUGAAUUACAGUAGUCAAUUUACUUUAAUCCUGUCUUAAUUUAUAUUCCACCAAUUCCUUUUGUCAAACACAUUUUGAGGGAAACGUAAUUCAUGCCUGGAUUAUGUUCACUGACAAUCUUCAGUGACUAUUUUUUUGUAACUCUGUAGACUCAGGUUAGAGUCCCGUGUACGGUUAGGUUAAGCAACAGAAGCACUUUGGUUACAGCGGCUGUAAACAGUAUUUUAUAUCAACCAUUGAUCAAUGAAUACUUACUGCUUGUAAUGAUGAAACCAUAGAUAUUUCUCCCAAGUCUGCAGAUCCCUUCAGACCUAUGAAACAUUUUAGUUUCUUCAGUUCUUUGUUUUGGUGUUUCCGCCUACAACUAUUUUUUUUAGGGUUUACUCUUACUGCUCUCUUGGUCUUGUUUUCAGCAGCAGACAGCUGUUUUCAACAAAAACAGGAAAAUAAAACUUUGAUAAACUUGGUCAGCCGACAGACAAAGUUAGAGACCACAGUGGAGCAUUUAGUAUUUACAGAGACAGAUGUUUCCCUAAGAAUACUUUGGAGGCUCUAAUAGAAAGAAAAGGGAGAUGAACAGAAAACAGAAUAUUUACAUUCAAACUUAAAAUGUGAUUAUAGGCGUUUUUCCACUAAGUACUUUUUGGAAAGCGGCUCAGUGUUUUGGCUACGCCCACUAGUUAGUUCCCCUCGGCCUCUGUUCCCAUACAGGUACUUUUGUAUGAACCAACGGUUCGAAUGUGACAACAGACCGAUGCGGCAAGCAGUGUUGCCAACUUAUCGGCUUUGUCGAUAUAUUUAGCAACUAUUCAGACCCCUCUAGCGACUCUUUUUUUUAAAAAGCGACUAACGACAAAUAUAGCGACUUUUUCUGGUGUUAUUGGAGACUUGCUCCUACUCUUCUAAACGAGUAGCAGGCGUCGUCCCAAAGCACUCAUAAGCGGCCCAGUCCCACCCGCCGCAGGAGAUGUUAACCCCUCAGGGUCCAGUUUGCACCAGUCUGCAAAUGAGUCACGCAUGCGCAAAGUCAUUGCGGAUCCUCUCUCCCAAGCCACACCCAGAGCAGCUCACUAGAGGGAAAAGUACCAAAUGGAAUCGCGUCUUAUGUCAGUGUUUGCAGCUAAUUUCUGCUCCCACCUAGUGGCCCAAAAACCCAGUUAUUUCAGAUUUAAGGUUAGUUACCUUUUCCAAUAUACAACCGCAAUGUCAACCUUUCCCUGACAUUAACGAAAGUGCUGUGAGUGCCUAAUAUUAACAAUAAAAACUGUUGAUAUUCCUUUUAGAUGCUACAAUACAAGAUGAUAAUGUAUGGAAACCUAUAAAAUACUUUGUCAUUGGACAGUAUAGGGUUGUCAGUUACAUCAUUAAAAAGUUUUCCCAUUACACUGAUUAAAAAGAACAUAACUCAAGCUGCAUUAAGUUGCUCCCAGAAUGAAUUUGCUGCUGAAAAUAAGUAAAUCUAAUUUUUACUUGCGUAUUUAAAAUGGACCUGGCACAAGUCAACUUGUGUUUUAUGGAGCUUAAUAAAGUUUAAUGGACAUCUGAGAUCCUUAAUUAGUUAACAUGCAGAUAAUAAACAGGGUCCUGUCACUGCUAGUGAGCAUAAACAGCUUCCAUUGGGCAGUCUGGGAUAACUGAUGAAUUAAUAAACUCCUUUAAUUGUUGCUCAAUGUGCGCUUACAGUAUGUGAUGGCUCUCCCCUUCAUGUCUACAGCAGAGUUACUGUCUGCCUUCCUGCAGUGUGUGCUGCUGGUGCAGUCUGCAGCUGCAUUGUUAAAAUCAACCUAAAAGCUUGCUGAAGCUUUUCUGGAGAGCUUAUUUAGAUCAUUUUUUCCUCACCCUGAAACAAUAAUCUGCACCCUCAUCAGGUUGAACCUCUCUGAAGUGUUUUGGGCGUUCACUUUCGCUGAUCAAAUUUAUGUUGCUGCGUGCUGUUUGCUGACAGGUUUUUGUCAGUGACUGAUAAGUUGCCCUUGGCUUUUUUUUUUUUUGGAACCUGGAACAUGUUUGAUGGAAGCGAUUUUUCAGUUUUCCAGUGUGAAUAAAGAGGCAAAGGUAGGAAUGAGCAGUGUGAAGCUCAAAAAGCCUCCUGAAGAUUUACAGCUACAGUUGUGUCACACACCAACAAUUGCUCAAGGAAAUGGGACUGAGUUUACUCUGAUGUUAACUGUGCAGAGGAAGUCACAGACUGAGCUCUGAUAGUACAUGAAUGGUGGCAUUUAUUGAAUCACCCUGCUAUUUUUUAUGACACUGUAUAUUUAUUUUGCUAUAACUGAAACAAUCUAUAUUUUACUUUAUGUUUUUGUCACGUCGUUGGGCUCAUAAUGACCGUGGAAGCUGGACUGUGCCACUGAAAUGAUUAUAGUUACGGUGUUACAUUAUCACUUUGUAUUUUAAAUAAUGCAAAUGUAAAUCUAUGGGUUAAAGGGUUAAACGUGAUCAUUAAAUGUUGCAAAUAAUCAAUCUAUUGAAGAAUUCUGGAAAUAAUUCAUUAAUAAAAAUCAUGAUUUUUUUUAGUUUCGGUUUCAAAAAAGGUCUUUUUAUCAGUUGGUUGUUCUUUGCAAUUGACCUCAUUAUUUUAUUUAAUGAGACAAAACUAAUUAAUGUGAUAUGGAGACACAUUAGUAAAUAUAAUGAUUAAAACAUUUUGUGAAUCAAGUUUCUUUAUUAAUACUUAAUUAACUAAACCUUAUUUUCCCCUAAAUUGUUAUUGAAUUGUAUAAUUUAAAUGCAUAAAUUAAUGAGCAAUCCAGUCCAGCCUCCAUAGAUGCCAGAAUAUAAUAUAUGAACAUGAUAUUUACACAAAUCUUAAAAGGGACAGUUCACCCUUAAAUCAAAAAUACAUAUUUUUCCUCCUUUUGGCACUCAUAUUUAUCAAUCUAGACUGUUUUAGUGUGAGUUUCUGCAGCUGUUGUGAGCAGUUUCAUGUCAGAACUCUUUUCUUUCUGGUAUAGUUAACACAUGAUACUGAUCACAACAUGGUCUGUGUAUUAUCUUAAGCAACCAGGUCAUGACCUCUGGAAAGAAAAACUGCUUGAAUGUUUUCUUUUGGGCACUUUGAGCUUCACAAGCAAAGUGCUAUCUAGUUCCAUUACAUUCCCAACAAACAUCUUUAUUCUAGAUAUCUCCAACACUCAGCAACUCACACUAAAACAGUCCAGAUUGACGAAUUGCACCAAAAGAAAAGCUGUCCUUUUAAGGUUGCAUAAACUUUUCCUUUUUGUUUUGCAAUCUGCAAAGUAGAUUCUAAUUAUGAGUCGUUUAUUUACAUCCUUACUUCCAAUAAUCUAAAGGGAUACUCAACUUGCUUUACCCGGAGGCCAGUUUUGCAAUAUGACAGGAAAUAUUAAUUAUCAGGACUGCAUGAUUUUCUAAAAUAAACAUCUAAUUGCAAUUAUUUUGACUUAUAAUGCAGUUACAAUCUGAUUCAAAAUAUUGAAUGCAUAUUUAUGCAUUAUUAUUCUCAUUGAAAAACAUGAUUAAUUAUCCUGAUGUGAUUUUUUUUGCAAAGAUCUGUAGUGUACAGAUUUUUUUCUUAUAUCUAAAGAAUUAAAUUUGUAGGCCGGGACAUAUCUGCAGCACCAUGAAAUUUAUAGAAUAAUAUUUUGACACAUAUUUUAUCUUUAACAAGUAUUGGACAUUGCACUUGUCCAUUGUGGUUUAAAUAAAAUUACGAUUUAUUGUGCAGCUAUAUUGCAUUUUAAUAAUAUUUAUCAGACAAAAUUAAUACACAUUAAAACAAUUUUAAUCCAGCUGUACAGGUCAGUUGUAGGCAGUCAUUUGCAGACAUAUAAGGUUUAGGUGUCUAGCAGAUCUUUUUCUUAUUUUUUUUAUAAACAAGCUAUAUUUCUGAUUAUUUUUUAAUGCAGACUUACACCUUAUUUCUGUGUAAAGUAGAACCAAAGCUACUGAAUUACUCCCUGGACUGUAAGUUGAGUAUCACUGAUAAUUUGUUGUGUGAACAUAAACAUAAUUUAUUUACUCCAAAACAGAUAAGGACUUCUGCAAUUUGAAUAAAUAUGAUAUGUGAAUGUAGAUCUCAUGUUUUCAGCAUCAAAGCCUCUAAGAGAUGAAACAGAGCCAGCAUCUUCCCUUCAUAUUUGCUGCAAUGAGGGCAAACAUUUUUGCUUUUUCUUCUUCUUUGUCUUAUGUUCCUAUAAUGUUUCAGAAUUGGAAUCAAAAAUCCAUCAUGUACGUGUUUUGGAAGGUAACAGAAACAGUAAAAACAAUUUGGGAUAAUCAAGGAUUCAGAGGGUGCAGCUGAAUCUACAUUUUAACAAACCAUCUUGCUGAUGCGGUUUCAUUCGUGACAGGCUAAUUCAGAAACAAUCUCCAUCUUGAAAGUAGUUGCUUUGCAAUUUGCAUGCACCUGCCACUUUUUACAGACCUUUUAACACCAUACCAUUCCUUGUCUGAUUAUACACUGAACAAUGUGUUAUAAUUAUUUAUUUAUUUUUGCAGGUCCUACUUUUCAGCCUUUAUGCAUUCAUAACCAAAUAUUAUAUAACCUUGUCUGUUUUGUGUCUCCAGUUUGGAUGUCAGCAGUCUUUCCCAGAAUUCAAAAUUCUUUUUUAUUUCCUUUUGCCUUUCAAAUCGUUCAGUGACAAGUGGAGUUGGGG